AUGGACAUACUAGUGGACCUUGAAACCCUAAAUUUUGAGUCUGGGAUUCCAGAGGAAGAACGUUUCUGGCUGUAUUUGCAUAGCCGUUCUCGGGGACUGAUAAUUGAGGCCUGUGCUCAUGCAAUCUUCCUCUGCAAACUAUUACGUCAGUUGAGCAUAAAUUUGGCAAAGUCUGAACCUGCCUCAGUAGAGCCAUCUGAUUCUGCUAGCAGUGAACUCAAUUUGAGGGUGGGAAUCAUUGGAUGUGGCCGCCUUGGGAAGCAGCUGGCUUGUUCACUGCUGAAGCUUGUCCCCAUCCCUGCAGAGAACCUUCGGAUAUCCACACGGAGGCCAGACGUCUUGGGUGAGGAGUGGGAUGUUAUCCAGAAAGAGGGGGUCCAGUGCUUUUACCGUAACCCUCACCUGGCGGGCUGGGCCAACGUGCUAUUCCUCUGUUGCUUGCCAUCUCAGUUGCCUAAUAUCUGCUUAGAAAUUCAAGGAAGUAUUGAGAAGAACUGCCUCGUGCAAAGCUUUGCAUCUGCUAUCCCACUGCCCAGAUUGAGACUACUACUGAACAACCACACCAAUAUCUUGCGGCCUGUGUAUCACUGUGUUGAGGAUACUGACCAUAUCUGGGGAGCCAAUAAGGAUAUUGCAACUGCGCUCCAAGACCCCGUGAUUCUUCAAGCUACCUCCCCAUUCAGUUCCAGAGGGGGAAUAACCCUCAAUAUUAAAUGGUUGGAGGGAGUAUUGUAUGCAGUCCUAAAUGUCUGCACUUCAAGAAGCCUUUUCUACCCAAAAGCACUGGAGAUGCUGAACAAACUAUUUUUCAUUACUCAGUCUGAAGACUCAGCUUGUCCAAGUUUUCAGCUAGAACAUUUUGUCAACCAAAUCUAUGUCAGGAACUUGUUUCACAGAAGGUAA